CAACGCCGUUUGCGCUGGUGGGUCUAUCGCCACUUCAUCUCUUGAACCUGAUACAAAGCAUACAUUUCUAUCCGACUCGGCAGAUUAUCACCGUACACAUAAAUGGCUGCUAGUAAUCUCAGAUAAUUAUGCCGGGGGACAUCAUGAUUGUGGGUCUGAACGGUGCUUUGCAACGUACCAUUACCUUGAAUAGCCUCGCACAAGGGGCCGUCAAUCGCGGACAGAGUGUUAAACAAGGGAUUGGUGGUAAAGGGCAGAAUGUAUACGUAGCAGCAAAGAAAUGUCAGGAAACAUCGCUCCCCGUAAAACUAGUGCAGUUUGUGGGAUCAAGUUUUGAAGGUGAGUAUCUCACCCAAUUGCUGAGCAGUCUGGCCAGAGAAAACACGCGCAGAACAUCAAUGUCUGAGUCUGACCUACUGACAGUGCGAACACCAGGAAGACAGCGAACAGCAAUCACAUUAGUAGACAAUGGAAAGGGAGGGGAAGCAACGGAAAUAGUGGAGCCAGGCGAGAUCGUACCAACGGAUUGUGUGGACAGUCUCUUGCUUACAUUGAACGAGCGUUACAAGUUUACGAAGGUUAGUGCCAUCGCAUUCAUGGGUAGCAUGCCUCCAGGGUGCCCUAAGAACACAUACUGUGGUAUACUCAGAUUAGUUGCGGACGAAAACACAAAAGUACUGCUCGACACGGUAGUUUUAGACGACGUGUUUCAGACGUGUGUGGAGAUGCAAUGUGAGGUAGUACUGAAGGUAAACGGAAGAGAAUUGUGCUCUUUAGCUGAUAUCAAAAUCCAGACCACGUGCGAAUCUGUGUUUGCGACACCAAAACAGGCUUUAGAAGAUGCAGCGAACAAUAUCUUUGUCAAAUACGCAGUAGUGCAUACAAUUGCUGUCACAGAUGGUGCCUUUGCCGCUCACGUCUUUCGCAGGAAAACAUCUGAUGAUUGUAGGUAUAUAGGGUUUGGCAGAACAGAAUUGGCGCUUCCAAAACUACCCUCCGCAGAUGUGAAUCCUAUAGGCGCAGGCGAUGCGGUUGCUUCGGGCACGUUAAUUGCCUGGGCAACCUCUAGGAAUGAAAGGAUCUCUGUGAGGGACACUAUAAACGAAGCAUUCAAGUGGGGGCUGUGUUGUGGGGCAGCAUCGUGUUUGUCAUCUAAGUGUAGUACAUUUGAGAGGAGUUUGGCAGAAGAAUUAUAUGAACAGAUCAAAUAAGCGGCUCUGAUAGACAGUACAGUACAAGGUUGCUCAACAAACCUGAAACGCAUAUCACCGACUAAAACGCUAUGUUGCCAAGAUAAUGAGUCACGCAGUUGUUGUAACUUAGCAAAAACGAUUGCCCAUAGCCUUCUAAAAAAAGGGAUCUCUUCUAAAUAUUAUUUUAUUUGUGUGACCUAUAACAUUUCUGGGUAUACGCCGUGGAAACCCAACUGCACAAUGGAACUACAGUAUGGUCUCCCAGUUUCACGGUUGCCGUAGUUGAUUUAGCUUGGUCGUGCUAGAAUUACUUGGGAUAUAUAUCGCUACUUCUUCAUAGUGGACAGGUGGUAGCUACACACGCUAAUAGUCUGUAUUUAUAAAAAAUUUAUAUCAGUGUAAAAGCCUAUUUGCACUUGAG